AUGAAAUGUAAUGCAUUCUUUUCCUUAUUUUACAGGGACAUCAAACCUGACAACAUACUACUAGAUGAGCAUGGACAUGUUCAUAUCACUGACUUUAACAUAGCAACCAUAGUGAAAGGCUCAGAAAAAGCUUCUUCUAUGGCUGGCACAAAACCCUAUAUGGCUCCAGAAGUGUUCCAGGCCUUCAUGGAUGGAGGUUCAGGAUAUUCAUACCCAGUAGACUGGUGGUCACUAGGAAUUACAGCAUAUGAAUUACUGAGGGGUUGGAGGCCCUAUGAAAUUCAUUCAGCCACCCCCAUCGAUGAGAUACUCAACAUGUUCAAGAUAGAAAGAGUUCACUACUCAUCUACAUGGUGCAAGGGCAUGAUAGCACUACUGAAAAAGCUCCUCACUAGGGACCCGGAGUGCCGUCUUUCAAGCCUUGCAGACAUCCAAAGCUCUCCAUACCUAGCUGAUGUCAAUUGGGAUGCUGUUCUAGAGAAAGCUGUGACUCCAGGCUUUGUUCCUAAUAAAGGAAGACUGAACUGUGAUCCUACAUUUGAACUUGAAGAAAUGAUUUUAGAGUCCAAGCCUCUCCAUAAAAAGAAAAAGCGACUUGCCAAAAACAAAUCCAAAGAUGGAGCUAAGGAAACUUGCCCACUGAAUGUACACCUGCAGCAGUGCUUGGAAACCGUUAGGAAAGAAUUCAUCAUAUUCAACAGAGAGAAACUAAGAAGACAGCAGGAUCAAAGUGGACAGACUUCUAGCAUGGACAGCAGAGCAUCCCUUGAGAGCCAUGAGAAACUCCAAGACGGGCGUAACAACAAUUUACUGGGACACGGCUGCACCAGAGGCUGCAGCAGUUAG